UUUAAAUUCAGCCGCAUUCCAAACCUCCACGCUUCUCAUAAAUCGCGUUCAAACAAACACCACCAUCAUCCUCCCCUAUUCUUCCCCAUCAUCUUCCUCCAACCUCCAUCAUGACCUCUUCUCCUCUCCUCUCCCUCCUCCUCCUCCCCUUCGCGAAAGCCACCAUCUUUACCCUCAUAAACAACUGCCACCACACCAUCUGGCCGGCCGCCGUGCCCGGCGGCGGCCGCGAGCUUGCUCCGGGCGAGAGGUGGAGCUUGGCGAGAUCCCCUUCGGCCUGUAAUGGCCGCUUCUGGGCGCGCACCAACUGCUCCUUUGAUGGGGAGGGGAAGGGAAGGUGUCUCGCCGGAGACUGUAAUGGCGCUCUCAGCUGUGACGGAGAUGGCUCCCCGCCGGCGACUCUGGUGGAGUAUUCUCUGUAUCAGUAUGGUAAUAAUGACUUCUAUGACGUCUCUCUGGUUGAUGGAUUCAACGUGCCAGUUGAAAUUAGGCCAACCACCGCCGACUGCAUGGCGGCGCGGUGUACGGCGGACGUCGCCGGCGAGUGUCCGGCAGAGCUGAAGACCGCCGGCGGCUGCAUGAGCGCCUGCCAGGUGUACAAAACGAAUCAGUAUUGCUGUGAGUACGGCAGCUGUGGACCCACAAAAUAUUCAAGAUUGUUUAAGAAGCUCUGUCCUGAUGCGUACAGCUAUGCUGAAGAUGAUGCUACCAGCACCUUCACGUGUAAAUCCGGAGGAGAUUAUAUCAUCACGUUUUGCCCCUCAUAAUAUAUGUAUAUAUAUAUUGUAUAUAUGUAUGUAUGUAUGCAUGCAUGCAUGCAUGUAUAUGGAGUGCAUUUUCUGUACGGACUCCUAACGUAUCUCUACGUGUGAUGGAGAUUAUU